CACCCCUGACCCUUGAUCUUAUCGUCUUCCUCUCAAGAACCCUUCUUCUCUCCUCCUCCUCCUCCUCCUCCUCCUAAGUUCUCCAAAAGAGCUGGCCAUGGCUCUCAACCGUGCCAUGCUCGCUCUCACCAUUUCUCUUGCUCUUGUGUCCUCUUGCAUUGCUCAAUCACCUGUAGGUGCGCCCACAACUACACCAGCAUCACCCUCCAUAGCCAAGCCACCUACCAGCUCAGUGGCCACUCCACCCACGGUGGCCAAUCCACCCGCGGUGGCCACUCCACCCGCGGUGGCCACUCCACCCACGGUGGCCACUCCACCCGCGGUAGCCACUCCACCCACGGUGGCCACACCACCAGUUUCAUCGCCUCCUCCGGCCUUGUCAUCGCCUCCUCCGGCCAUUUCACCUUCUCCGGUUGUGACUCCUUCUGCAACGUCACCUUCUCCGGUUACGACACCUCCUCCGGCCAGUUCACCUGGAGUUGCAGCUUCACCACCUGAACCUACGGCACCUUCUUCUAGUGUAGCUAUACCGCCUGGUGGAGUAUCUCCGGUGAGUUCGACUCCCUCCGGUGGUUAUGUACAUGGAAGUAGCAUCAUGGCCUUGCUAGCAUUGUUCGGAGGAGUUGCACUCCUUGUCUAGGGUAGUACAAUGGGUUCUUUGCUUUUGGACUUCUAGAGAUAAUUUUAUGUAGAUUAAGGUAAUUAUUUGUGUAUUCUUUUCUUAUUUUCCCUUUUUUUUCUUUUUUUUACUUUCUUUAAAUGGUAAUUUUUGGAGCUUGAUUUGUGAGGAUGAUUGGAGAUUUAUAGGACAUUAAUGCUCUUCUGUACCAUUUUAUCGUAGAUGAAUAAAAGAUUCGUGAUUCUUGUUUGCUACUGUUCA